GAGCGCGCGAGAGAUCCACGGAGAGACAGGACCACGAGGGGAGAGGCAGGAAGAGGGCGCGAGACAAAUAGGGAAAAUCCCAAUAAUGGAGUGGCGGCGGAGGAGGUCGUUUUCGCGAGCUCGGACUGGUCAUAGUUGACGUUUUCAUUUUCUCAAAAUUGGAUGUAAAUUCUAUAAUUAGGGACUGUGCACCAAUAUCUCCAGCUCAAAGAAGCCCUCCACGGGUGCCUCAGAUGCGACACGUAAACGGGGGAUCCACCACUGACACUAGGCAACAGCGUAUGAUUUCUGGUGGGCUUGGAUGAGGAUACUAAAGGACAUCUUUUUAAGAUAGCAUUGGUUGAGGAUAUUGCAAAACCGUUUUACCGUGAAACAUCCUAUUUCGGACUCCACUUCUCUUUUCUAAGGAACGAUACAUUAUUAAUUACCAGUAUUAUACAUACAUGUAUAUAUGUGUAGGCUUGUAGGUUCGCAGGAUGAAUCUACAAUGAUAUGGUAGCCAAAAAUAAAUAAAGGCUAGUCAAUAAUAAUAAUUAAUCAACGUAUUUUAAUAAUGGAUUUAUUCUGAAUAGCUACACUGCUACCAAAUUUACAAUCACAGCUUUCACAAACGGAGACGCGCAAAGACUGAGUGAGUCAUUAAAAUAAAGAAAAGAAAGCUACAGUAGAGUGGAAAACAUGUUGCCUUCACAAGAAGCCGCCAAGAUUUACCAUGAUAAUUACAUGCGGAACUCCCGCGCCAUCGGGGUACUCUGGGCGAUAUUCACCAUAUGCUUUGCCAUCAUCAACGUGGUGGUCUUCAUUCAGCCCUACUGGAUCGGGGACAGUGUGAGCACGCCGCAGGUGGGUUACUUCGGCUUGUUUCACCAGUGCGUUGGAAGAGGACCGCCCAACCGAGAGCUCACCUGCACCGGAAGCUUCGCCGAGUUCAGCUCCAUCCCCUCCGGCGCUUUCAAAUCGGCGUCGGUCUUCGUGUUUCUGUCCAUGGUGCUGAUUCUGGGCUGCAUCGCCUGCAUGGCGCUCUUCUUCUUCUGCAACACCGCUACCGUCUACAAGACUUGUGCCUGGAUGCAGCUCCUAUGUGCUGUAUGCCUGGUGUUGGGCUGUGUAAUCUUUCCAGACGGCUGGGAUGCAGAGGUGGUGCGGGACCUGUGUGGGGAAGAGACGGGGAAGUAUACCCUGGGUAACUGCUCUGUCCGCUGGUCUUACAUCCUGGCUAUUAUGGGCAUCCUGGACGCCUUGAUCCUCUCCUUCCUGGCCUUCGUCCUGGGAAACAGACAGAACAACAUGUUCCUGGAGGAACGCAAGGCUGACAACAAUAAAGAUUUUGCUGUGUCCGGGGUAAGUGACUUCAUUGAGGUCCGGGACAGAAGAAGCGACCCAAGGUAUGUUGGAGUCCAGCGGUUGUACUGAUGGGAUCUUUAGGAGGACCAGGAUGACCAGGACCAGGAUGACCACCUCUCCUCUACUCCCUGCCAUCCAGUCAUCCGGCUAUAUGUGCAGACCACAUGUAUAGAUGUAGGAUCUUAAUUUGAGCCAGUUUGCUACAGUAGGGAAAUGUGAAUUAUUAUGUAGAUAAUAAAAAAUGGACAUUUUUUGGUCGGGGCUGAUCCAUUUUUUUGGAAGGGAAAAUCAAGUCUGAAAUUUCAACGUGGAAAUAACAAACUUCAGAAGUCUUUUUAAACCUCAGAUACACUACAAGUUCAACAUUUACUGCAUUGCAAGAAAGUUCUCCUGCAACAAGGUGAUCAAAUGAAGAGCCUACAUCUGUACAGCAUUCAGUGUUAUGAAACUGGGAGAAAGCAUAUUUUACAAAGGCACUAUGAUGUUGUAAAGUGCAUUAACAAUACUUUAAAAAAAUGACAAUAUUUGUAAAUAUUAUGUGUCCAAAAGGAACUAUAUAUUGCAGCGUUACAGAAAUCGACAUCUCUGGGAAUCUAUGUACUGUACAUACAAAGUAAUGUAUACAGUAUAUUGGUACUGGUACAUUGGGCAAAAAAACAAGAUCAUCCAACAAUGAAAAUGUUGUUCAGUGUAUUUCUACCCUUUGCAUAACGACUUGAGUAAAGGGUAGAAUAAAGUAUAACAAAACAAAUAUUUUGUAAACAUUUAAUAUACCCUACAAAACUAAGCUUUUGGUGUUUCUUUUUGAAGGUAUUUACUGUAAACAGUGAAAAUUUGAGAAUAUUUUUUGAAAUUAUUCAACUGAAACAGGGUAGAUUAAAGAAAUGAUCCGGUAGAUAGAUGACAUGAAAACGUAAUAUUUGGCAUUAAUCUCUCAGAAGGAAGCCCUGUAUGCUGCAUUCUCUCGACACUGAGACACUCGGGCCACAGGUCUCCACCAUACCAUCCACAGGCCUUCUACAGCACAUUGCAGUGACCAACACACACUGUGCCAGGCUGCCAGCCCAGAUGGGCUUUCAGUGGGCCUGUGUGUAAUUAACCUUAACACCCCACAAUGGGAAAAGUAUCCUGGUAAAAAUAUACGUAGAGGCAGCGUUUCUACUAACUUUUAAAAGGAAUAUUUUCAAAUGGUAUCUAGUGAAGGACUACACAUUUGUACUUAUUGUUUUGCUACACUGUAUACAGUUAUUGUAAAUUGAGAAGCUAUGUAUGUUUUUAGGUGGCAGCCGAUCCUCAGGAAGCUGUAAUGUAAGACAGCAAUUACUGUACACUGAUUCAAACACUAUUGUUCCUCCAGAAUAGAGCCUUGGGUCUGAUGAGACACUUCAAGAUUUCAAGCAUAGCUUUUGUGACCCAAUGAGCACACAAACCUUAACCCAAUGAGCAAACUACUGUACCUUUAGGUGCAUAUGGAACUCUAUAAUACAGUUGGGAUACAUAACCAGUGACUCAAAUGUUUUAUUCUGGCUCCAAAGUAGCUCUGUCCUGUCUUUGUCCCAUCACUUAACUCAGUGGGAGGCCUCUUUAAAUAACAGGCAACCAACAGAGUCAAGGAGAAGAGUAGGCUUCUACAGACACUCACAAAAAGAGACACGGGGGAUAGAUACAGUAAUACAGAUAUACAUAAUCUAAAAUAUUUUAGAUAUUAGUCUCAAUCAGUUCAUACUUUUUAAAAUUUCUUACCCACAAAAAUGUUGCCAAAAUGUUGCCAUCAUUUGAAAAAUAUAUCAAUGAUAACUGGAGGAUUGUUUUUGUAUAUUGAAGUAUAAUACUGUAUAUGUGAUUGUUGAGUAUUUCUGCUCACAUUUUAGUUGUAUGUGCUAUUGAAUGAAGCAGUAAUGUAUUGUGAGUUUUUCACAGAAAAUGUGAGGAUGAUCAUUCAGUCACUCACUUUGUAAGGCAACACUUUUUGAUAGAGUGAUGGUCCAACAACCAAAACAACUACAACAGCAUCAAAUAAGAGUUGCUCAUUGUCUAAUGACUGUCCAAUUAUAUAAAUGUGUCAAAAUCCUGUAGCCUGCAUUCGGAAAGUAUUCAGACCCCUUGACUUUUUACACGUUUUGUUACGUUACAGCCUUAUUCUAAAAUUGAUUUCAUUGUUUUUUCCCUCAAUCUACACACCCUAUAAUGACAAAGCAAAAACAUGAUUUUAGACAUUUUUGCAAAUGUAUAAAAGAUUUAAAGCUGAAAUAUGACAUUUACAUACAGUUGAAGUCGGAAGUCUACAUACACCUUAGCCAAAUACAUUUAAACUCAGUUUUUUACAAUUCCUGACAUUUAAUCCUAGUACAAAUUCCCUGUCUUAGGUCAGUUAGGAUCACCACUUAAUUAUAAGAAUUUGAAAUGUCAAAAUAAUAGUAGAAAGAUAAUGAUUUAUUUCAGCUUUUAUUUCUUUCAUCACAUUCCCAGUGGGUCAGAAGUUUACAUACACUCAAUUAGUAUUUGGUAACAUUGCCUUGAAACUGUUUAACUUGGGUAAAACGUUUCGGGUAGCCUUCCACAAGCUUCCCACAAUAAGUUGGGUGCAUUUUGGCCCAUUCCUCCUGACAGAGCUGGUGUAACUGAGUCAGGUUUGUAGGCCUCCUUGCUCGCACACGCUUUUUAAGUUCUGCCCACAAACGUUCUAUGGGAUUGAGGUCAGAGCAUUGUGAUGGCCACUCCAAUACCUUGACUUUGUUGUCCUUAAGCCAUUUUGCCACAACUUUGGAAGUAUGCUUGUGGUCAUUGUCCAUUUGGAAGACCCAUUUGCGACCAAGCUUUAACUUCCUGACUGAUGUCUUGAGAUGUUGCUUCAAUAUAUCCACAUAAUUUUCCUGCCUCAUGAUGCCAUCUAUUUUGUGAAGUGCAGCAGUCCCUCCUGCAGCAAAGCACCCCCACAACAUGAUGCUGCCACCCCCGUGCUUCACGGUUGGGAUGGUGUUCUUCGACUUGCAAGCGUCCCCCUUUUUCCUCCAAACAUAGCGAUGGUCAUUAUGGCCAAACAGUUCUAUUUUUAAAAAAAAAGUAGGAUCUUUCUCCCCAUGUGCAGUUGCAAACCGUAGUCUGGCUUUUUAUGUUGGUUUUGGAGCAGUGGCUUCUUCCUUGCUGAGCGGCCUUUCUGGUUAUGUCGACAUAGGACUAGUUUUACUGUGGAUAUAGAUACUUUUCUGCCUGUUUCCUCCAGCAUCUUCACAAGGUCCUUUGCUGUUGUUCUGGGAUUGAUUUGCACUUUUCGCACCAAAGUACGUUCAUCUCUAGGAGACAGAUCGCGUCUCCUUCCUGAGCGGUAUGAUGGCUGUGUAGUCCCAUGGUGUUUACACUUGCAUACUAUUGUUUGUACAGAUGAACGUGGUACCUUCAGGCAUUUGGAAAUUGCUCCCAAGGAAGAACCAGACUUGUGGAGGUCUACACAUUUUUUUCUGAGGUCUUGGCUGAUUUCCUUUGAUUUCCCCAUGAUGUCAAGCAAAUUUUGAAGGUAAAAGUCUAAAGUCUUGGCUUAUUUCUUUUGAUUUUCCCAUGAUAUCAAGCAAAGAGGCAUUGAGUUUGAAGGUAGGCCUUGAAAUACAUCCGCAGGUACACCUCCAAUUGACUCAAAUUAUGUCAAUUAGCCUAUCAGAAGCUUCUAAAGCCAUGACAUAAUUUCUGGAAUUUUCGUGUAUGUAAACUUCUGACCUACUGGAAUUGUGAUACAGUGAAUUAUAAGUAAAAAAAAUCUGUCUGUAAACAAUUGUUGGAAAAAUUACUUGUGUCAUGCACAAAGUAGAUGUCCUAACUGACUUGCCAAAACUAUAUUUAAAUUUUUAUUUCUAUUUUACCUUUAUUUAACUAGGCAAGUCAGUUAAGAACAAAUUCUUAUUUUCAAUGAUGGUCUAGGAACAGUGGGUUAACUGCCUUGUUCAGGGGCAGAACGACAGAUGUGCACCUUGUCAGCUCGGGGAUUCAAUUUUGCAACCUUCGGUUACUAGUUACUCUAACCACUAGGCUACGAUGCCGCUACGCUGCCAAAACUAUAGUUUGUUAACAAGAAAUUUGUGGAGUGGUUGAAAAACUUGUUUGAAUGACUCCAACCUAAGUGUAUGUUAACUUCUGACUUCAACUGUAAGUAUUAAGACCCUUUACUCAACACUUUGUUGAAGCACCUUUAGCAGCGAUUAAGGCCUAAAGUCUUCUUGGGUAUGAUGCUACAAGCUUGGCAUAACUGUAUUUGAGGAGUUUCUCCCAUUCUUCUCUGCAGAUCCUCUCAAGCUCUGUCAGGUUGAAAGGGGAGCGUCACUGCACAGCUUUUUUCAGGUCUCUCCAGAGAUGAUUGAUCCGGUUUAAGUCUGGGCUUUGGCUGGGCCACUCAAGGGUAUUCAGAGAGUUGUCCCGAAGCCACUCCUGUGUUGUCUUGGCUGUGUGCUUAGGGUCGUUGUCCUGUUGGAAGGUGAACCUUCUCUCCCAGUCUGAAGUCUGGAGUGCUCUGGAGCAGGUUUUCAUCAAGGAUAUUUCUAUACUUUGCUCCGUUCAUCUUUCCCUUGAUCCUGACUAGUCUCCUAGUCCCUGGCACUGAAAAACAUCCCCACAGCAUGAUGCUGCCACUACCAUGCUUCACCGUAGGGAUGGUGCCAGGUUUCCUCCAGACGUGACGCUUCGCAUUCAAGCCAAACAGUUCAAUCUUGGUUUCAUCAGACCAGAAAAUGUUGUUUCUCAUGGUCUGAAAGUCCUUUAGAUGCCUUUGGGCAAACUCCAAGCGGGCUGUCAUGUGCCUUUUACUGAGGAGUGGCUUCCACCUGGCCACUCUACCAUAAAGGCCUGAUUGGUGGAGUGCUGCAGAGAUGGUUGUACUUCUGGAAAGUUAUCCUACCUCCACAGAGGAACUCUGGAGCUCUGUCAGAGUGAGAGUGACCAUCGAGUUCUUGGUCGCCUCCCAGACCAAGCACCCUUCCCCAGAUCUGUGCCUCGACCCAAUCGUGUCUCGGAGCUCUACAGACAAUUCCUUUGACAUCAUGGCUUGGUUUUCCUCUUGCAUGCACUGCCAAUUGUGGGACCUUAAAUAGACAGGUGUGUGCCUUUCCAAAUCAUGUCCAAUCAAUUGAAUUUACAACAGGUGGACUCCAAUCAAGUUGUAGAAACAUCUCAAGGAUGACCAAAGGAAACAAGAUACACCUAAGCUCACAUUUUGAUUCUCAUAGAAAAGGGUCUGAAUACUUAUGUAAAUAAGGUAUUUCUGUUUUUUUAUUUUGUAUAUAUUUGCAAGAAUUUCAAAAAUAAAUGAUAUAUUUUUUAUUUCAUCCAUUUUAGAAUAAGGCUCUGACGUAACAAAAUGUGAAAAAGGGUAAGGGAUCUGAAUAGUUUCUGAAUGCACUGUACAGUGCCCUCUGUAAUUGUUGGGACAGUGGAACUUUGUUUUCUUCUUUUGGCUCUUUACUCGAGUACUUUGGAUUGGAAAUGAUACAGUUAAUGAUACAUGUUAAAGUGCAGACUGUCUACUUUACUUUGAGGGUAUUUAAAACGUGAAUAUUUGAACAUGUCAGUAUUUGAAUACUGAAUAAGGAUGAGUGAGAACGUUACAUACGCACAAAUAUCAUAAUCCCCCCCCCCAGAAAUGCUAACCUCCCAUGUUAUUGUAAUGGUGAGAGGUUAGCAUGUCUUAGGGGUAUGAUAUUUUUGCGUCUGUAACUUUCUGACUCAUCAUUAUUCACAAUUCAUUCAGGACUAUCCGUAAUCAUGGUAGCAUCCACAUGAAUGUAGAAGUGUUAAGAACAUAUUAUAUUCUUAUUUACAAUAAAAAUGACUCCAAAAUGACACAAUACAUUAUUUACCAUUCACUUCUAUUGGGCACAAAAUAAUCUGAAACCCAACUAAAACAAACAGCAAAUGCAUCCAACAAGUUUGUAGAAUCACAAGCUUGGUGUAAUCAUUGCGUGCUAGGAAUUUGGGACCAAAUACUAAACUUUUGACCACUUGAAUACACAUAAUUUAAUUUGUUCCAAUACUUUUGGUCCCCUAAAAUGUCCUGUAAUUUCUAAACGGUUCACUCGACAUGGAUGAAAAUACCCUCAUGUCAAAUCUGACAGUCUGCAAUGUAACCUCAGAGGCAUUGUCUAAUUCAAAUCCAAAGUGCUGGAGUGCAGAGCCAAAAUAACAAAAUAAAUUGUCACUGUCCCAAUAAUUACGGAAGGCACUGUAUCUGAAAUGUUCAAGUAAAAUGUGUGAAUAAAGUUCAAAUUCACCAUCUGACAUUACUGUUAUAAUGUAUUUGGAGAAGGUCAAAUAAAUAUGCUUUACUUACA